AUUUUUUAAAGCGCUGCCUCCACAGUCCACAGAAAAUGCCACCAUUUUGUUUAUUUUCUAGUGAAAAAGUGUAGUGUCGGCAAUCUUGUGAAAGUUGAAAAUAUAAUUGAAGGCAUUGAAAUAAUCUACGUAUUUUCUGGAAGUCAUUAAAAACAAUCGUAUAUAUGUUACUUGUGUGUGCCCCUCGCCCAGAGGGUUUGAAAAAUAGCAGACAUUGGGCGCAUCGCAAGUAAGCACUUCGUCAAAUUGACUGCAAUAUCAGGCACUAAAAAUAAUCACAAUUCGAACAACUCUCGUUCUGUUGUUACGGACAAAGAAAUAAUCCUUACUUUGAAUAACAAAAAGACCAAAGGUGUUUUCUCUUUCGGGAAUUCUAAAGAAAAGUCUGCUGCCCCAAAAACGCCACCCCUGAUAAUGAAUAAUCACGUGACAGGUCACUAUAGGAGGAACGAAGAAAAUGCCAAUCCUCAAAAUACUGUUAAUGAUGUAGUUGAAGAAAUGGAAACACAAGAAGUGACUACAGUGGAGUACAUCGCAGAUACAGGCGGAGAAAUGGACCAAACUAAUGGGGACAUCAUGGUUGGGCCACAAAUGGAUCCCAAUAUGCCCAUUCUUCAAGAUGCCGAUAUGGAGGAAGAUGAAGCUCGGAGUGAGGCCACAUUCAGAUUCACUGUAUCCAACUUUAGUAAACUCAAGGAUUCUGUUUUGUCACCAGCAUGUUACGUUAGGAAUUUACCAUGGAAGAUAAUGGUUAUGCCUCGUAAUAGUCAGGCUCAGGACAGAACAACUCAGCGUUCACUUGGUUUUUUCUUACAAUGUAAUGGAGAAAGCGAAUCAAGUUCUUGGUCUUGCCACGCAACUGCUGAACUGAGGUUGCUUAGCGUCCGACCUGAUGUAGAUCAUUUUUCUCGAAAGAUACAACACUUAUUUUUCUCUAAGGAAAAUGACUGGGGUUUCUCACAUUUUAUGUCGUGGAUGGACGUUCUUGACCCUGAAAAAGGAUAUAUUCAAGAUGACGCCAUUACAUUAGAAGUACAUGUUAAUGCUGAUGCCCCACAUGGAGUUUCUUGGGACAGCAAGAAACACACUGGUUAUGUGGGACUUAAAAAUCAAGGCGCUACUUGUUACAUGAACUCCCUGCUUCAAACAUUGUAUUUUACAAACCAACUGCGGAAGGCUGUGUAUAAAAUGCCCACCGAAUCCGACGAUUCAACUAAAUCUGUGGCGCUGGCCCUGCAGCGAGUUUUUCAUGAGCUCCAGUUCUGCGAUAAGCCAGUUGGCACGAAGAAAUUGACCAAAAGUUUUGGUUGGGAAACGUUGGAUUCGUUUAUGCAACAUGAUGUCCAAGAAUUUCUGAGGGUAUUGUUGGACAAGUUGGAGAGCAAAAUGAAAGGUACAUGUGUUGAAGGUACAGUUCCGAAACUUUUCGAAGGAAAGAUGCUGUCUUAUAUUAGAUGCAAGAAUGUGGAUUACUCUAGUACACGCUCGGAAACUUUCUACGACAUACAACUUAACAUCAAAGGAAAGAAAAACAUUGAUGAAUCUUUCAAGGAUUAUAUCGCCAAAGAAACUUUAGAUGGUGACAACAAAUAUGAUGCAGGCGAGCAUGGACUGCAAGACGCUGAAAAGGGAGUGAUAUUUUCAGCUUUUCCUCCAGUCCUGCACUUACACCUGAUGAGAUUCCAAUACGAUCCGAUAACGGAUUGUUCAGUAAAGUUCAACGAUCGUUUCGAGUUUGGAGAAAAAAUUUCUCUGGACGAUUAUAUGCAAGAUCCAGACCCCAACAAUCCCGCAAACUAUACUUUACACGCUGUUUUGGUCCAUUCCGGAGACAACCAUGGGGGCCACUAUGUGGUCUUCAUAAAUCCCAAAGGAGAUGGCAAAUGGUGUAAAUUCGAUGACGAUGUGGUGUCCAGAUGUUCGAAACAAGAAGCCAUCGACCAUAACUUUGGCGGACAUGAUGAAGAUAUGAGUAUGACGGUGAAACAUUGCACCAACGCUUACAUGUUGGUUUAUAUCAGGGAUUCUGAACUUCAUAAUGUUCUUCAGGAGGUUACCGACGCUGACAUUCCUAGUGAGUUGGCGGAUCGUUUGAAAGAAGAAAAACGCAUGGAGCAAGUUCGUAGGAAAGAGAGAAACGAGGCACACCUUUUCAUGACAGUCAACGUACUGCUGGAAGAUUCCUUCGACGGUCAUCAAGGCAACGAUCUUUACGACACCGAAAGGGCUCAUUAUAGGGUGUUCAAAAUCCGGAAGAACGCUACCGUUGCGGAAAUGAUGGAAACGAUGGCUGACGCCUUCAAAUAUCCCCCCGAACAGAUAAGGCCUUGGCCCUUCUGUUUCCGGUCCAAUCAAACUUUCAGGCCUUCGAUCUUAGACAUGGACGUCGUCCUCCAUAAGCACGUAGCCGAAGCAGCUGAAAAUCAAAACCCGUGGAACAUGUUCCUGGAACUCCUACCUCCGGAUUCUGGUCUGACCGCUUUGCCCAUUUUUGAUAAGGUAUCUGAUGUUCUUCUGUUCUUCAAAAUGUACGAUCCGAAGCAGAAAAAAAUUCACUACUGCGGUCACACUUACAUGCCUGUCACCAGCAGAGUGUCGGAUUUGAUUCCCAUUCUAAACGAGAGGGCUGGCUUCCCACCGGACACGGAGCUUGUUUUAUACGAGGAAAUCAAACCGAACAUGAUCGAAAAGAUCAAUAAUUACUCUGAACAUUUGGAGAAGGUGAGUUUUGUUAUUGCGGUUAUCGGAACGGAUUUCAUCAAUUUUUUUCUAUCGAAGGUCCUGGAAGAGUUGAUGGAUGGCGAUAUCAUCGUUUUUGAGAAAGAAGAACGCGAGGAACUUUCCGACCUUCCUACAUGCGUCGAUUACUUCAAAGAUCUUUUCUACAGGGUCGAAGUGACUUUCAUAGAUAAAUGCAUCCCCAACGAUCAAGGUUUCACAAUGGAAUUGUCUCAAAGGAUGACUUACGACCAAUUAGCUAGAGCGGUGGCCCAAAGGGUUGGUACCGAUCCCUAUCUGCUACAGUUUUUCAAAUGUCAAAGUUACAAAGACAUUCCUGGCAAUCCCUUGAGAUGCACCUUCGAAGGUACACUGAAAGACUUGCUAGUAUUCACUAAACCUAAGGUUCCAAAAAAAAUAUUCUAUCAGCAGUUGAGUAUAAGAAUAAACGAACUAGAGAAUAAGAAACAAUUCAAAUGCGUAUACCUGGGUCCUAAGAUUAAGGAGGAGAAGGAACUGAUCCUUUAUCCCAACAAAAAUGGCACGGUGGCGGAUCUUUUAGAGGAGGCCAAAAAACAAAUAGAGUUCGCCGACGGCAGCACCGGAAAACUCAGGCUAACCGAGGUCAACUGCAACAAGGUGGCGAUGGGCCCCAAGGAGGACACGCCCCUCGACACCCUGUCGAUGGUGGCGGCUAAGAUUUGGAGAAUAGAGGAGGUGCCCAAGGACGAGCUGAAUUUGCAGGAAGACGAGAUGCUCAUCUCUUGCGCCCAUUUCCACAAGGAAGUGUUCUCGACGUUCGGCACACCGUUCUUGAUCAAAAUCAAACAGGGGGAGACCUUCGCCAAAGUCAAGGAGCGGAUUCAAAAGAAACUAUGCGUCCCUGAGAAAGAAUGGGAAAAAUUCAAAUUCGCUAUUGUCUCGAUGGGGAAGUCUCAAUACAUAAACGAAGACGAAUAUGUAGUGAAUUUUUCAGAUUUCAGGCUACUUCCCAAUCAAACUGGAAGCUCGAGACCCUGGCUAGGCUUGGAUCAUGUAAAUAAGGCCCCGAAACGGUCCCGGUACAACUAUUUGGAAAAGGCCAUUAAAAUAUACAACUGAGAGACUGAAAACUCCUCGCUGAAAAAAAAUAACAGUUUGAAAAAGAGUAUUUUCUCCAGGUGUUCUUUAUUUCCUUCGUUUAAAUUAGAGAUUUACGCUUCAUCACAAGACAACACUAUAUGAGCGUCUACUGUGAAUUUCCUUCCUCUCUAUUUCAUAAUCGUAAGACCUCGAAGAAUGAAGCUGUAGGCCAGCUGUAUAUGCUCCAUAUUUGAAGAUUACGGAUACUUCAACGCAAUAUAUAACAUGACGAAAACACCUAAUUUUACUGGUUUUUCCCUUAUAUUUAUAUCGUCGGCUGUUGAAUUAGUGAUUUUGGUAUUACGGUUGCUCGUUUCAUUGAAGAAUCUUAGUUUUUUCGGGUCGAGAGAAUUGUUGAACAUUUUCUUGCUUGUGCAACAAUACAUUGAAUAAGAUUUCAUAAUUACGAGUUGUGAUAAUUUUUAAUUUUUUAUGUUUUUAAACCGCUUACGACACAAAAUUUAUUGUUUUUUUUUUACUUUUUCGAAUUAUUGAAAAUAAUAAUAUAUUUCAUCUCUAAGUAGAAUGGCUGUGUUUUUGAAGUGUAGAGUUUUUGCUUCAUAUGUCUCUCAAAACAGCUGGCAAUUACAAACAUUUUUAUCGAGCCGUGCAUAUAUACUAUAAAUAAAAUAAAGCUAGGGAGAAAUUGCUGUUGUAUACUUGUGUAAAUAAAUAUCUACUUGAACUUCUUUCAGUUUACAAUUCACCUGAAAUCAGCUUGGAUUCGACACUAUUUUGGAGUAAAAAUCAAAGCAGCUUUAAGAACAAGGGUUGUUGUGAAAGUGUUCUUUUCAAAGCGGCCUUUCACAUAUUUUUUCAUUUGUUAAUAUUUACUAUCUUGAAUCAUUACAGAAUCUUGGUUUAUACUACUAGGAUAUUCGAAUAUUUUAAUUUGGAACCUGAAGAAAAAUCCUUGGAACAUAUUUUAAACCAAAUGGUGUACAUAUUGUGCACCAAAUCUGGUCAGGCAUGACACUUCCCGAUGUGUUUUAAAUCUUGGCUCGAGUAUCGCUUCUUUUAAAUCCGAAUUGACUGACUCAUCGUUAAUGAAAGAUAAGACACUUACUGAAAGAAAGUAUUUGUAGUACAUUCUUUAGUUAGCGUAUAACAUGGAAUCUUAUUGGUAUAAAUCAUCCACGACUUUUUACUCAUUUACUGAAAUUUUGUGAAUAUUCUGCGAUGAGGAUUAUUUUUAUAAAUGUGGGGAGAAAAUCAUUUUGCUGGAAAAUUUUACAGGUUUUCAAUUUGCUCACUAACACAUGUAUUCUCUAGGCUUCGUUUUUCUUUAAUGUAUUGUUAUAUUAUUGUUUGAUAAAAGCUGUGAAAAUAAAUUUUUCAGUGUACUUUAGAAUCUAUUCAUUAUUGAACUUGUAUAAAAAUAAUCGGUUGAAAGAUUUGUAUUAUAUCAUUUCAAUUUUAAUAAAACGGUUGCAAAAUAGGUGAGGAACUAUCGAACUGUUUCUGUCGGGAAAGGUUUAUUUGUAUAUUUGUCUCGACGGACGUAUUCUUUUUAUGAAUAUUACUCCGAGCAGUUAGAAUUUUAGUUAAUUUAUUUUCUCUAUCUCUAAUGUAAAAAGCGAGUAUACAGUGGAUGAUAUUCAUGAUUUUCGAUUCAUAGAUUAGUUUCCUGACGUGAUGAAGGACAAAUCGUGUGUGGUGCUCAUUUUUUAGAGUUGUUACUACAGGCAUUUUGAUGAAUUAUAGUUUGUAGGAUGAGAUAAUGUAUUUCUGAUAAGCUGACAUCUGCGGCAUCACUAAUGAAGCAACCGAAAUCCAAUAAAAUCUUUAUGAACCCAA